GACCUGAUGUCCUGUCUCGCUUGCCGUAGGAAACAAAACACUGUGGACAUGGUGGCAGACAGUUAGCCCUGCUAGCCAUCAUAGGCUGUUUAUUAUCAUGCCAAAAUGUUCGGAAUUAAGUAAUAAUUUGUCUCUUGAUGAAGGGGGUUCUGGAGGGGAUGUGGCUAAAUAAUGGGAAACGUUUUCGGGAGAAAGAGUCAACCUUCGCGUGUAACGGAACAAGACAAAGCCAUUUUGCAAUUGAAGCAGCAGAGAGAUAAGUUGAAGCAGUAUCAAAAGAGAAUCUACCUGCAGCUACAGAAAGAGCGGCUUCUGGCAAAGCAGCUGCUAAAAGAUGGCAAGAAAGAGAAAGCACUGCUGCUUCUUAAGAAAAAACGAUAUCAGGAUCAACUACUAGAAAAGACUGAAAAUCAGAUUUCAAACCUAGAGCACAUGGUCCAAGAUAUUGAGUUCAUGCAAAUUGAGAUGAAAGUAAUUGAAGGACUUAAGGUUGGCAAUGAUUGUCUGAAGAGUAUGCACGAGAUCAUGUCAAUUGAAGAUGUGGAGAGAAUCAUGGAUGAGACCCAGGACUCGAUAGAUUAUCAAAAGCAAAUAGAUGAGCUGCUGGCUGGAGCCCUGACGCAGGAGGACGAGGAUGCUGUUUUAGCCGAGCUGGAAGCCAUCACUCAGGGAGAAGAUUUAGCCCUUCCAGAGGUCCCUACUGAGCCAAUAGGAGGGGUCCCAGAGGCAGCUAAGGCUGAACCGGAGAGGAGAGAAGCAAAGAACAAGCCAGAAAGAGAGAUGUUGGCAGCCUAACAGAGUACUUUUAUUGUUGGAAAUAGGCUGUCUUGUUCCGAGGAGCUGUCUGUUGAAUUCAGUAUUUAAUUCCUAACUGUUAGAAGGUGAAGAUGGGAUCUGCAGAUAUCAGUGCACCUUCACACAUUCGUCAGGACCGGCACUGUGUCUGCACUCUGGUUUACUACUCUGUUGAAGUAUCUACUUAAAGGAUUGGAAAUAUUAUUUUCUUCUGUGUCUGAAUUAGAUUAGCACAGCAAUGUCACAUUGUAACUUCUCUGGUUAUGGUGUCACAUAAUUAAAAGGACACAUUUGUAGAUGUUUUACACAUUAAUUCCAACUGUUUUCCAUAUAAAGCUGAACCUUGGCAACA